AUGACAUCAUUGAUGUUUACCGAUUGUUUCGCCUCCACUACGUCGCAUCCGAGUCGCCCCAACGGUGCUUUCCUCCCCCGCCGGUGGAUCGAACAGCUGAGCUUACGGAGCACUGCGUCCGUCCGUGGCCAUACCUGCAUUCUCUCUAUUCGCUCCUCUUCUUCUGAUACCGCGAUGGUAAUUUAUGAAUUCCCUGUGACACUAAAGAUUAUAGAUGAGAUAAGAACCGAUGUUAUAAAAAUGAAGAAAUCAAUCGGUGCGGUUCCUGGAUUAGCAGUAGUCCUUCUUGGGGAUAGCAACUACUCCGAAUCUUAUGAAUCUUAUGAGGUACCUUGUAUGUUAGUACAAAUGAAAUCAUUCGAAGUUCGUCUAGCUAAAGAUUCCUCAGAAGAGGAGGUCUUCAAAUCAAUCUCACGUUUGAACGAUGAUCCUUGUGUCCAUGGAAUCAUUGUUCCGCCGCGUCUACUGCCAUCGAUGCAGCAUAUGGAUGAGAAGAUAGUGAAUGCGAUUAGUGCAGAGAAAGACGCUAACGGAUUUCACCCAUUAAAUAUUGGACGGCUUGCAAUGCGCGGAAGAGAACCUUUCUUCGCUCCGUGUGCUCCAAAAGGAUACAUCGAGGUGUUACACCGGUACAACAUUGAGAUCAAAGGAAAGAGAGCAGUUGUUAUUGGAAGGAGUAACGAUUUCGGUAUACCAAUUGCUCUGUUACUGCAGAGAGAGGAUGCAACUGUUACCAUUAUCCAUUCAGAAACCAAGAACCCUGAAGAAAUUACAAGACAAGCUGAUAUCGUAAUCUCAGAUAUUGGGAAGCCAAACAUGGUCAGAGGAAGCUGGAUAAAACCGGGCGCAGUCGUUAUCAAUAUUGGGACUCAUUUAGUGAGGGAUCCAAAUGCUCCGGAAGGCUUUCGAAUAGUUGGGGACAUUUGCUAUGAAGAGGUUUGCAAAGUUGCAUCAGCCAUCACACCUUUUGAAGGGGGCCCAGGAUUUUUGACGUUAACCAUGCUUCUAUCCAACGUUUUAACAUCAGCCAAAAGAUUUCACAACUUCAUUCAAAUGAUGAGGAAGAAUAUGUAUGUGGACGGAAGCAACAAGGAAACCAUUAACUUGGAUAAGAUCACUGCACGGCUCAAAAAGCUUAGCUAUGGGCGUAGCAGUGACCAUUGCGACAUUGCCCUCGUUGCUCGGAAUGUCUGUGGCGGUCUGUACAAUGGAAUCAACUCGAUGAAUUAG